AUGGGCGAACCUCCAUCAGAACGACGUGAUGCCUACAGCCGACUAGAACGCACCUCUGAGGACCCGUCAGCCGACUUCUCUCUGCUCGUCACUUUGACGUCGCCACAUAUCGACCUAUUCCGCCGUUGCAUUCUCCAGAGCAAGCGCUGGCAAAACAGGUCAGCGCCGCUGAUUUCUCCUACCUUGUCGAGCGCCAACAUGGAGCUCUCGGUGGACGUUCAUUCCACCGACGUGUUUCUGUUCCCCACAAAGCGACAACGCCAGCGAUCGUCAGACAUCACUUCUUCACCCAUCGAUUCUGCGCUCGGCUCACUGUCUCCAUCCACGGUGAUCCAGAAUACGGGAGAAUCGCCGGCCUACAGCGAGUUGGACGACGGAGAUGUUUUCUCGUCGACAAACCUAUCGAACGACGACCAUGCUGUGCUGUACGCCUACGUCGAUAUUCGCUUCCCGCUGCCGAGCUCGUCGUCCUUGGCCUCAGCCUCCCGCAUCCGCAAUCGACUCAAGAGCCUCACACUCACUUUGACAGGGAACGAAAGCAUAUCGUUCCCGAGCGGCGCAUUCGAGAUGAAUCGCACAUUUCACGACGAGAAGUCGAUCGACGAAGUGCUCGACCUCGACUACUUUGAGCCGGGGAAGACAUACAGAUUUGAACGCAGCUUCCUGGUCGAUCACAACGCAGCCCCCUUUCAGCGAAGCAGCCUGGGUGCCAAUAAUCAGAAGCUUGUCGCCAAGGCGACGUUCCACGGCCUCCUUUCCAGGUCGUUGACCGCCACGAAAAAGGUCUACUUUGUCGACUGCAAGAGCGAUGAAGGCAACGAGAUGAUCGUUUGGGACAAGGACGUGCGCACGCAUGCCGACGGAAUCGGACCUUUCAGCCUACGCAACCGCUCCGAGGUCUUCACCGUCGGAGGCUACCUGCGAACCAACUUUGACCUGCUCAGCCCGCUGGAUGGUGUUCGAAUCGUCGGACUAAGGGCAUUUGUCGAGCAACGUGCUACUCUCAGCUCUCGAAGUCAACGUCCGGGAUACGUCGAGACGGUCAAGCCGCGGAAGGAGCGAUUUCUGGAUCUCGACCGUCGCCAGAUCGAGGAGCUCUUCCGCACCAAAAAGCUUCAGGGCGGAGGCGAAGGCGUGUCGCCCGAAGGUGAAUGCUACCCAUCGCUGGAAGUCGUCUCGCGUCUUCCGGACGACAAGAAAAUCCGACCCUCGACGGUGGACGGGAACGAUGCCGCGAUCCGCUUUCGCAGCUUCAUCAGCUACGAGAUCGACUUUAUCGAUGGAGAAUUCCGCCCUCCCGGCAACGAGUCCCACGAGACUGACGAGCUCAUCUACGUGGAUGGGCAAAAGAUGAAGCGCUUCCACGUUUCGAUCCCGGUCGUGCUCAACUCGUGUGCCUGCAGGCCAGACUCGCUCAACCUGCCGUCGUAUGCAUGCGAGGAUCCGAUGCCUGUCGCGUGUAUCCGCGAGAAGGUAGCUCAGCUGGACGCUCUGCAUGACAGGCAGACCGACCCUUCUGCCUUUCCGUGCAUUUGCACCUUCACACUGGAAUCGCUCCUCGAGGUGGAAAAAAAGUCGCUCGCGCAUACCCAUGACUCGGACGCCGCAAGCAGCCGACGCUCAGCGCCGCUCCUCCAUGAUUUUGAUCCGCUUCCUGCUUACAAAAGGUUCUGA